GGGUCGGUUUGGGUGAUAAUCUGUCUGAGCCUUGGUGUUGACCAAGAUGUCACUCGCUUCGAUUUGGAUUACCUCGGGAAGACCCCGGGGAACUUUUGUCAUGCGAACCUAGCCACGCGGGGAAUGUAGUUAACGGGAGUCUUGACUGCAUCAUGUACUCUUGGACUUUCCAAACUCACUCCUGUCUCGAAAUCCUGCAUACUAUCUUGCAAGCACCGUGAGCCAUAGAUAAGGCGAGGACGCAGAUCCAUAGUAACAAAUCAGGUCGACCAGUAAUCCGAAAUGGGUGACCCAGGACCAGCAGCGCCGCCAUCAACGCGCCCAUGCCGGAUUGCUAACUGCUCCGGGGCCCGUGGGGACCCUGGGUAUCAGAUGCGCCGUCAAGCAACAUAUGGGCCUGUCGACUUUAUUACGGGUGAUUACCUGGCGGAGAUGAAUCUUGCCGAAAAUGCGGAGAAACUGGCAAAGGGCCAGCAUGAUGGGUGGGAGCCAACGGCUUGGGAUGGUCUCGAGCAAACAAUUGAUGUCAUCAAGAACAAAAACAUCAAAAUUAUCAUUAAUGGCGGCGCCCUCAACCCCAAGGGGCUGGCGCAAAAGACGCAGAAGCUUGCUAACGAGAAAGGACUGGACCUGAAGAUUGCAUAUGUCUAUGGCGACGAUCUAAUGGAAGAGGUCAAGACAGAGCUAGAGAAGACAGGCAAACUUCCUCCACACUUGGACAGUGAGAACGACAAAGUUUCAUUAGCAGAGAACGCUGCAGCACUUCUUGACACAAAAGGCAAGCCCAUCGUCAGCUCCAAUGCUUACCUAGGGGCAAGAGCCAUUGUCAGAGGCUUGGAGCUCGGCGCAGAUGUCAUCAUCUGUGGUCGUGUAGCUGAUGCAUCGCCUGUUAUCGGGGCAGCCUGGUAUUGGCAUCAAUGGUCUGAUACAGAUUUUGAUCGCCUGGCUGGGGCGUUGGUGGCCGGCCAUUUGAUAGAAUGCUCGGCUUACGCAACGGGGUCCAACUUCUCUGGGUUUAAUGAAUACCCACUCGAUACCUUCGUUGACCUGUCGUACGGCAUUGCUGAGAUUGCCGAAGAUGGAACUUCGGUCAUCACCAAGCAUGAAAAUACUAAAGGGCUGGUCAACGAAGACAAUAUCAAAUGUCAAUUCCUGUACGAGCUGCAGGGGGGCAUCUACCUCAACAGCGACGUGUCAGCUGACACCUCAGGGAUCAAGGUGGAACAAGUUGGGAAAAACAGAGUGAAGCUGUCCAACAUUAAGGGCUAUGCACCUCCGCCAACCACCAAGCUGGCCAUUUUCUACCACGGUGGAUAUGAAGCACAGCUCUUGACCAACGCUACCGGAUACGCAACGGCAGAAAAAUGGCAGCUAUUUGAAACACAAAUGAGGACUGUACUCACCCAGAAGGGAUUGAUCGACAAGUUUCAAUUGCUUGAUUUCCAGGUCUUGGGAACUCCAGAACAGAAUCCACGGUCGCAGUUCGCCAGCACGACAUAUGGGAGAGUGUUUGUGCAAGCUGAUAGCGAGAUGGCGGUGUAUGGCUUGUUGAAAGCAUGGAGCGAGAUAGGGAUGCAUCACUUUUCAGGGUUCCACCUGUCGUUGGACACAAGAACGGCGUUACCACGGUCUUACCUCGCCUUCUAUCCGGCGCUUUACCCUCAAGACAAGCUCAAAGAAGGCGUUGCAAUUCUGUCGAAAGAUGGCCAGGUUGCAGAGACUGCAGAUGCGGGUCAUCCUCCAAAAUACCAGAAACUUGCACCAAGAGAAAAUUACGAGACUGCUAGUCCCGUCGAUCUGUCGUCGUUCGGACCAACCAAGAAAGCUCGGCUUGGGGACGUGUGUUUGGCCCGAUCGGGUGAUAAAGGAGCCAACAUCAACUUUGGAUUGUUUGUGCGAAAGGCGGACCAGUAUCCAUGGUUACAAAGCUUCAUGACGAGAUCCAGAAUGCAAGAGCUGAUCGGUGACGAUUGGAGGGACGACUUCUUCGUUGAACGAAUGGAAUUUCCAAACAUCUGGGCAGUCCAUUUUGUGAUCUAUGGGCCUCUCGGACGAGGAGUCAGCAGCUGUCGCCUUUUGGACGCUCUGGGCAAGGGCUUUGCGGAUUAUAUUCGUGAUAAAGUCAUUGAGGUACCAGAGCGGUUUCUGGCAGACAUCGAGGAAGUCAAGACCCAGAGGAGAUCAAUGCUAUAGGCCUGUACGAUUUUUCAUGUCACCAACAUGACUGCCU